GUCCACUGUUCUUAUUUUAGGAAGUGAAGUCUCCUUCAUGCUAAAUGGCAUAUCAUCUGCUGAUGGCACCCCCAUAACUCGCAAAAAAAAAAAAAAAGGAAGUGAAGAAUACUGUUUACAAUCCUAGUUUUAUUACUUUUAACCUAACCUUAUUUAUCACCAUCACACCACUACCAGUACCACUGCUUGGAAUUAUAAUAUGCGUUAAAUCAGACUGGAUAAAUGAAGUAGAUAGCAUCUGAAAUUGAACAUGAAUAAUGAAAAUGGUGACAUGCCCCACUCCUUGGUUGGCCAUGAAGAGGAGGUGGAAGUGGUGGUUUUUAAGGGUCAGACUGAAUCAACAUCAAGUCAAACUUCUGUAAAUAGCACCACCAAUAGAAGAAAAGUUCAAAUUGUCAUUCAAAGACAAACCUUAAAUCAGCAAGAUGUGGAAGAAAGAUUUUCUACAGGUGAAAUUUAUAAACCAAAGUUAGUCAACAAGGUAGCACAAAGGAUGAAAAAUUCUUGCAUGUGUUCCAUGUUGUGUCUUGUCUCAUUUUUUCAACAACGAUUACCAAUUCUUCAGUGGCUACCAAACUAUCCUUUGCGCAAAUAUUUUUUAAGUGAUCUUAUUUCAGCAGUUACUGUCCUGAUUUUGCAUAUUCCUCAAGGAAUGGCAUAUGGCUUGUUAGCAGAUGUAGAUCCAGUCAAUGGUCUGUAUACAUCGUUCUUUCCUGUUAUCAUAUACUGCAUGAUGGGUACUUCUCGACAUGUAUCUGUUGGUACAAUGGCUGUCAUCAGUUUAAUGGCUGGUAAUGCGGUAGAAAGCUUAGUGGCAGCUAACAAACAGAAUAUGCCUAGUUUAGCCAUAGGAGAGACUGCUGGAAAUCUCAGUUUUAACGGAAGUGAGAAUCUGUUUCACUCUACAGAUCAAUUCUGGCCUCCAACCAACUUGGAAAUAGUAGUUUCUCUCUGUCUUGUGACUGGGCUUUUCCAGAUUUUGAUGGGUAUUUUUCACUUGGGAUCAUUGACAGUAAUAUUCUCGGAUCAGUUUGUAUCUGGAUUUUGCACUGGAACUGCCAUCUUGGUGGUUAUUUCACAGAUAAAGUAUGUCUUUGAUAUCUCCACACAGAGGUAUUCAGGCCCAUUUAUGAUCAUUUAUAGUACUAUUAACAUCUUUUCCAUUAUAAAAAAUUCAAAUCCAGCCACUGUGUUAAUAUCAUUCAUUUCCAUGUUCAUCUUGGCUGUUGUGAAGGAACAAGUAAAUGCUCGCUUCAAAAACAAGUUAAAGAUGCCCAUUCCUAUUGAUCUGAUAGUGGUGGCACUAGCAACAGUAAUAUCAUACUUAGGAGAAUUCAAUAGGAAAUAUGAAGUAUCCAUAAUUGGAGAUAUUCCAACAGGUUUUCCUGAGCCUGUCUUGCCACGUAUGGAUCUGGUGCCAUCUCUUCUUCCAGCUGGUCUUGGUGUUGGUGUUGUUUCUUAUACAAUUGCACUCUCACUGGCCCAGAUGUUUGCCAAAAAGCAUAAAUAUGUUGUUGAUGCAAACCAGGAGUUUUUAGCUAUGGGAUCAGCCAAUUUGUUCUCCUCUUUUUUUGCGUGUUUUCCUUGUGCCACUGCUUUGUCACGAAGUAUGAUACAAGAGAAGUCAGGAGGAAAAACUCAGAUAGUUGGCUUGGUGUCCUGUCUUCUUAUGGUGAUAGUCUUGUUGGUUCUAGGGCCAUUUUUCUAUCACUUACCAAAGUGUAUUCUCUCUAGUGUUAUCCUGGUAGCCUUGAAAGGAAUGUUUCUUGAAGUUUUAGUGCUCAGGAAGAUUUGGAAAAUAUCAAAGAUUGAUAGUUUGAUAUGGCUUGUAUCAUUUUCUUCUGUUGUGAUAUUGGACAUUGACUAUGGACUUAUUAUGGGGGUGGCAUUUACUAUUCUGACUGUUGUUUAUAGAACUUUUGCACCUCAUCAAACAGUUUUGGUUAAUCUACCUAACACAGAGAUUUAUGUGGAUAAAGAAUAUUAUAGUGCCCAAGAAAUACCAGGAAUUAAAAUAUUCCACUUUGGAGGAGCUCUUUACUUUGUCAACAAGUCACUUUUCGUGGAGAGAUUGAACAACGUUAUUACUGAUAAAGGAGUUAUUAAAAAUAUAAGAACAUACAAGACCCUGGAAGAGGAACGGAAUAAGGAAGAAUAUCUGAAAUCGGUUCAUCAUGUAAUUAUUGACUGUUCAUCAUUUUCGUACAUUGAUGUGUCAGGAGUGGAUACUUUACUUGAGGUGACUAAAGAAUUGAAAGAAAGAAAUAUCAUAGUUCUUUUGGCAAGUUGUUCAGUCCCAGUCUAUGAGGUGCUCAGAAAUGCAACAUUUCUUACGAAAGUUCCCCAGCCAUCUAUUUUUCCAACUAUACACGAUGCAGUCAUGUAUGCUCAGCAGAAUCCCAGAGUGAAUUGAUAACUAUAGAUAUUAGAAAUGAUAUUUGUAUGACAGUGUUUUGAAAAAGGGUUUCAUUAUGAUUUAAUACCUGUCUUGCAGUGACUGUAUGUUAAUACACCACAACUAUAAGCGUUAGAUAAUAAUUUCAUACAUGUGUUCUUGACAUAUUGAUUGUAUAUUUACCUCUGUCAUGGAUGGUGAUGGAAGUUAUAUCUCCACCCCUUCCCCCGUGUGUGUGUAUUUGUUUGUCAGCAAGAGUUCUUAAAAAUGGAUGAAAGCUGGUACACAUUUGGACUAUGAUCCAACUUAGAAGUGAUUAGUUUUUGGAGAGUCAAGGUCAUGAAAAUCCAAAAAGUCCCUAUCUAUUAACAUGGGGACUGAUUUUUCACACUGUUUUUGCUCUAUAACUUGGUCAAUAAUGAUCGGAUUUUAAUGGAACUUGGUGGACAUAUGUAGAAUAUUAUUCCUCAUUGUCCUGCUAAAAAUGAUCCAUGGCCAGGGAUAACGACAGACAUAAAGACACAUUUUCGUAUUUUUUGAGAGCCGACUAUGAUCAAUGCUGCUUGGUGGAGGUAUAUUUUGGUAAAAAAAAGGUAAAUUUCAUUAUGAUUUAAUUUGCAUGCAGAUGUAUUAUAAGAUACAAAUUUGUCCUAACAUAAUUUAUGUAACUAGUUAAAACUUAAGAUUAAAAGUACAAACAAAUGAUGUAAAAAACACACUUGAUAUUUUUAUAGAGUUCAAAAAUUGAUUAAACUGGAUACAGAGAAAUCCAACAAGUACUUACACAUUUCUAUGUAACAAAAUUCACAAAGUCAGAAUUUUCAAAACUCAGAAUCUCUAGUAAACUAUGAUAAUGGCAACAACAACUUAGAUAAUAUGUCUACUAUAAGGUUAUUAUUUGUUUAAUAUUAAGAUACUUCACAUUAUCAACUAAAAUUAUUUGAUUGUAAGAGAGCAAUAUAUUUUAAUUUAUAUACAAAACUUAUUGUGGUUUUUAAUUGCAAAAACACAGGCAUUAGUUUGAAACGAAACGUAAGUGAUUGGCUUCACCUCUUGAACCUAAGCCUUACUUUCUUUAAUCUCUCAUAAUAUUUAUAAUGUUUGAAAAUUGUCUAUAUAGCGCCACAGAUUGAGAUUGGUGUCAGUGGUUUAACCGAUAAAACUUAAAUUUCUUUGCCUAGCGAAUAUUUUUAUAGAAGUGAUAGGCCUAGCCUUAAAACUAGUAUUUGUACAACAAUAAAACUUUAUCAGGGAGUGUAUCAACAACUGACAUACUUUAAGAAUAAGAGGCGGUGUAUUAACAAAUUUUCAGUCCAAUUGGGUAAUUGUUAGCCUAAUUGGUUUUAUACUGAACCUUGUUAUGGAGAGCCAAAUUUAAUCUCCUUUAAGCCUAACACGCAACUUAUUGCCAAGUGUUAAAUAUUUUUAUAUUUACAUUUAUACAAAUGAUUGUUAACAAAUGAAUUAUGUUAAUUGAGUUUAUUUUGCAAAUCAAAUUAUCAAUGAAAUUUUGAAACGUUUAUACUACAACACUUUAUAGGAUGUUGAGAUGAAAAAGUGUUGUGUAUAAAAUGAUUUCAAACGUAAUUUUAUUACUGCUUUUUAUUUCGAAAAAUCUCUAGACAUGUGAUAUAUCGUUUUUGAAGUCCAGCAUCAGUUUUUGUGGAAUUUGAAAGUGUCGUGCUUCUAAUUAAGAUUGCUUGAUACACAGUUUAAAAGUAUUUAACUUAGAGUGAUUCUUAAGCUUAAGAGAGGAGACGCAAGACACUAAUUUGACUGGCUGAGUAAGCAAUAUUGUUGUCAGUACCUCUUGUUAUCCACAAAGCUUGAAUAUUUUAGAAUCAUUCACAUUUUCAUGAUCAACAAUUUAGUUCUUUACGUGGACACUAUAAGUGUUAUCAACGUAUGAGGGUUUUGAAUCUAAUUAUUUGUUGUCCUUUUGUGAUAAUUAUUUUGUCAUAAUAACUGAAAAAAUACGAAUUUGUUUUAUAACUAGUUUUGUAAUAUUAUUAUAAUCUUAGGACUAGCGUUUUUAGAAGUUAUUAGACUUCAAGUACAAAGUUGUUUUUUACUUUAUUAAAGGACUGCUCAUUAGUAACACGAGAUUAAAUAGCGACCACAUUGUCCUUUCCACCACCAGAUGGAUGUUUGACGAAUUUUAAUUCAUCAGUAAACACAUGAAUAAACAAUGAUCUUAAUCCUGUGAUUAACAACUAGAUCUGUGAAUGGUUUUAACCCGCCAAAUGUAUUAAUUAAAAAUAACGUCAUUUCUCUGAUCAACACUUGGUGUAGGAUUUGAACUCGUAUUAAUUAUUCCUUCCAAAUAGAUUUCGCGUAGACGAUUAUGGGUAAAAAAUUUAUAGUUGGUAUAUAUGCAUGUUUGAAUGUAAUAAUAUAUAUAUAUAUAUAUCAUUUUUAUUUUAUAUAUGGAAGAAUAUAUUGAUAACCAAAAAUGUAUAGGAAAUAUACUUUAGACUGAACUUAUAAAACGAGAUAAAAGUAUUAUUAUUAUA